AGCGCAGGGGUGGCGUCGUUUGGGACUUUUCCUUUUUUUGUUGUUUUUAAUUUGAGGAGGGGGCGCGGUGGGUCUGCAGGGAUCCCUCAGGUAGGAUGGCUUCAACACGCUUUGCCAAUCGGUACCGGAAGGACACGAGUACGGAAAUGAUCAGAACGAAAGCUGCCCAUCGGAAAUCGCUGUCUCAGAAGGAAAACAGACAUAAGGAAUUUGAAAGAAGUAGACAACUUAGCUUAAAAGAUGUCAAUAUUCCCCUCUUGGAAGGGAGGACCCUCUCCCCGCUGGAUGAGAUAAAGGAGUCGACCUUACCGGGAAAGGGCGAUGUUAAAUCGAAAAAGUCCGUGGAUCAGCGGAAAGAACUGCUGCGGCGGUACAAAGAGGAGAAGCAACUGCAGAAGCUGAAAGAGCAGCGGGAGAAGGCUAAACGGGAUGUCUUUAAAGUGGGGCGUUUCAGGCCUGUAGCCCCCGCUUUCCUCGUGUCUGCCCCUCUGAAAUCCACAGGGAAAGCCGAGCCCAAGAAGCCGGUGGCUUCUACUUCAGUGAGGCUGACCAGGGCCAAGGUAAAGGAGCAAGCGGAACAGAAUAAGAUUUACGUUGACCCUGUCGGAAAAGCACCCAGUACGAGCGUAGUCCGAGCAAUUCAGAGGCCGACGACCGACAACAGAGUCGUUGGCAAAGCGAGACCAGCCGUGGCGAGAGAAAUCCCCACGUCGGCCAACGUAAGACUGACCAGAUCAGCUGCUGCAGCCACCAGACAGAUCUCCAAAACGGCCGGCCUGGCUCCUCCGAGGAAGCUCAACGCCGCCGCUGAUAAUCAGCCACAAAGGAAGGCAACUGGUAAAGAGAGGCCCCUGAAACAAAUCGAAGUCAAAGCCGACGCAACAGAGCACCAAGAUUGUGAAGCUGUGUCCGCGGACCCCGCCGAAGAGCCCACCGAGACCUUCCAAAACCCAGCAGCCGGAGAAAUUGAGCCGGACCAGCCCCGUCUCGAGAAGAAUAAUGAACCCGAGAGGAACGGUCCCCCGAAAGAGAGAGAGAGGAUUUCUUUCGCGCCGAAAGAUUUCAGGUUUUGGCCUCUAGACGGUCUCAAAAUCUACAGCAUUGCCCCCAAGACCACGCUCGGCGCCGAUGUCCAGGGUCAAAAAGUCUUCGCCUGGAGCCCUUUGAAGACCGACGCUGCUAAAACUCAAGAAACUGUGGCGCAAACACGUGAAGCCCAAAGCACUAUCCCAACUCCACCCAAUGGAGAUGAACUCCCCAGUCCUUCAGGUAUACCGCCAACUGUGGAUGGAGACCGCAGCUUGAAGGCCAACGAAGACACCACUGGGAAUUUCGAUCGCUCUCCCAACCGUUCAGAACCUCCGUUGCCUGCCUCCAGGCCCGCAGCCCCGGCGGCGGAACCACAGCACGACGUGCCAUAUUUCAGACGCAUUCUCCAGUCUGAAACGGAGAAACUAACCACACGGUGUCACGAGUGGGAAAAGAAACUGGAGCUGGACAUUCCGGAAGAUGCCAAAGACCUCAUCCGUACGACCGUCGGGCAGACGAGGCUCCUGAUGACGGAGAGGUUCAGACAGUUUGAAGGCCUGGUGGAUGACUGCGAUUUGAAACGUGGUCAGAGGGAAACGACCUGCACGGACUUGGAUGGAUUUUGGGAUAUGGUACAUUUUCAGAUAGACGACGUGAUCAAAAGAUUUGACACCCUGAACGAGCGUCAGGAGAACGGCUGGCGCGAAGUUAAUCCUCCGAGCCGCAAAGUCGUCCGGAAGAAAGCGGUCCCGAGCGGAACGGGUAAACCGAGGGAGAUGGACGCCGUGAGGGCCGCGGCCCGAAGCCGCCUCGCGGCCAUCAAAGCGUCCAUGAGAGAGAAAAUCAAGCCAGAGGAGCCCGCGGGAGACGGCCUCGCCUCCGCCUUACCCGAGGAAGGGGACAAGAUCGUGUUUGACGCCGGAUUCUUCAGGAUCGAAAGCCCGGCGAAAUCACUCUCAGCCUCCUCCCCGAGAGUCCGCUUCACACCAUCCCACGGUAUCUCCCAGCCCCGGGCCACCCCGAGCCGGGCCAGGAGGUCGCCGCUUCGGAGCUCGGCGGCGAGGGCCAUCCAGACGACGGCCCCUCGGCCUGACCGCGCUCCUGCGGACAGCGAUCCCCCUGCCGACGAAGUCCGACGCCCGGGGGGACACGGUUCCGUCGAGAUGGUCAGGGACACCGUGGCUGAAGACGUCCGACGCCCCGGGUCAGAGGUCGCCCCCGAGACCAGCCACAAAAGCGCUGAGGGGAACCUAAGGAUGGACCAUCUCUCCGAGAGCGGGCCCGGUCAAAAUCCCUCCCCGUCGGCGGCGAGGGGAGAAGCCGAGGGCGAGAGAGAAGACGAGACCUCGGAGGAGCCGGAGGCCAUGGACCUGAAUUCCUCAGGCGCGGUCGAAGACGUGGUGAUGAGCACGCCGGAAAAAUCCGCCCCGUCUCCAGGGACCGAUCCCUGGCCAGCUGAGAGGGCCCGAGGCCCCACCCGUCUGUCAGGUUCCUUCCGGGGUAAAUCGGUAGCUUCCGAAUGGAACCUGCUUGAGUCACCGGACCCGAGAGGCGACCACGACCCCUUCGCCCACCGGCCGUGUGAGAGCCAGAGGUCCCGCAAAACCAUGACCCUCGGCGCCGACCUCAUCCAAUUUUCUCCUCUCCUUUCCAGGGAGGAAAAGCCGGAAGGAUUUUGAGCCCCGGUUCCCGGGAUGCGUUUAGGUUUUAUUCGACCGAGCCCCCUGGCCCGUUGGCGCUUAGCUUGAGGAAAUAGUCCAGGUGGAGUGCUACGCUUUGCGAAUAUUCCUGGUCGGAAGACAGGACGUUUAAUCGGAGGAAACGUACGUUAUUUCGAUGAAGGCUAUUAACCAAAAUCGUGUGAGCGUGUAUUUCGUCAUCCCUGUCCGAAAUACCGCAAGUUAAAAGAAGCGGGAGUUUCUGACGUGUGGAGUGUGUCCGGGGUUUUAUCUUUUUUUUUUUGUCGGUGGUGAUUUUCCUUUCCGACCCUGCUUCUCCCUCCCGAAGAAGAUGAAAACUUCCUUUGCCUUGGAAGGCCGACCCAUUAAACCUAUUUAUACAUUCUUGGUGAAGUAUUAAAUGCUCCUGAAUUGAUCAGAA